ACCCUGCUGGGCUCACCUGCCGGGUUGGUGGGUGCCCAGAUAGGGAUAAAGACCCCAAUUGCCCAUUAUGGAGGGGCAUAACGACAUAAAGUCACCGCCGUGGCUUAGUGGUUAGCGACAAUGGCUACCAAUCUAUGGUUUGGGAGUUCAAACCCCAGUGACAACAGUAAAUUACGAAACUUGUCUGUCUUUCUUUCUCAUGUUUCUCUAGCUUUAUCCAUGAGACUAUGACUCGUUUCAGUCGUUGGGGAGUUUGUGGUCUGGCAAACGGUCUGUUGACGAUGACGUUCAGUGCUUUCUUGGUAGUCAUUGACAUCCACUAGGUGUGCUGUCCCGAUGUUUGUGGUCACCGUAUUGCCUGCAAUCUAUAUCGAAUUGGCUAGUCAUUGAUUGCCGUGUGGACUACACAGAAACAUGUACCCUGCUGGGCUCAUCUGCCAGGUUGGUGGGUGCCCAGAUGAGGAUAAAGAACCCAAUUCCCCAUCAUGGAGAGACAUAGCGACACAUAUAAUAAUAAGACCAGGAAUAGUUCUGGGCGUAGGGCGACUGGUUGAACCAUAUCUUGUGCAGCGCCUGAUUUGAAUUCGGCUUCAAAUCCCACUGACGAGACUACUGUGAUGCCCACUGUUCUUAGCAAAUAUUGUGUUUCGGCUAACAGGAGUGGCAAUGCAACAAGACGACGGAAACAGACGCGAAAAAUUAAUAGGAAGAUGAUGUUUUGUUAUUACCACGUGCUGUUGUCAUGCAAGUUCUCUGCUUUCAAAAAAAACCAUGCAUCAGCUGUGGUGAGAGCGAAAUCCUUCUCUGACUGACGUCUCUGAGCAGAAUUUGGCAGACCAGAAGCGAUAUCUCCUAACUUCUGGAAGUCUGACUGAAUCAGAGUUGGAGGAGAUUAAACGUGAGGCUGCACAGGAUGGAAAGCCGGUCUCAGGUUUGUUAUCUGUAACGACUGAUGUUUUGUCCUGGUGUGCAGAUGUCGGCGUUGGAUGUGGUUUCUGCUCUAUCAGCUGAUAGUUCAGUUGUCACGCCAUUGCUUGACGAUGUGUCACCUUGCAUGGCUUCAGUCAGGAUGGCGCCUGCUGCAUGUAGUGGGAAACCUCUCGUGUCAAUGAUGCCAGAGGGUCAUGAGUCUGCUAAUCACUUGGAAGAUGACUCCCUUGUUCAAUCAGUCACUGUUCUCCAAGGACUGCUCAUCUGCAAAAGAUAGUGGUGAUAUCCUAUCCGUAGAUGACACUUUGGAUUCAGUUCAGUGCAGUGCUAUCAAGGAAUCACCAUCCCCUUGUGACUCUGUGAGCUCUGAUCUGAUGACUACACAUCCUAGUAUAGCUUCUCAGCUAGAAAAGAUGAAAACUACUACAUCUCAACUCAGUCCAGACUGCUGUCAAACGGAGGAUGGUCUUUCGCUUGAUAGUGAUGCUGCUGUAGACCCUGUACUUUGUCGAGAGUUUCUUGAGGAGUUGCAGAAAGUCAGGCAAAUUCCUAUCUGUGAGAGACAACGCCUUCCACGAAUCUUUGUGAACAGUGGAACCCUGAAACUUAUUGGUGAUCUUAACACGAUCAUCAAUUCGUUGAAGGAUGAACCAGAUAUGAGUGAAAUCAGUUACCCGGUAUACUCUGCUGCUUCACUAGUGUCCAAAAGGCAGGGCUCAAAGACGACAAAAUCAACCAAUUCUCAAACACCGACAUGGAGACGAAGGCUGGAUAUGGAGAUUUUCACACUUCGACAAGCGAUCUCACUGUUGCUGGAGGUUAAAAAGGGUUCAUCGUGCAUUCGUAUGUUAUAUGAACUCCGACUUCUCAGACAUCGGUUGGGCAUUUCCUGUUCGGAAAGUUGUGAGGUCACCAUCAAUCACUUCAAAAUGGAACUUAAGUCCAAGGUCGAGCAAACCAGGAGGCUGGAGAAGAAUCGUAAGAGACUUCGCCAGAACAGUUUGUUUCAACGAGAUGCUGGAUGGUUUUACAGAGAGUUAGGUAGCAGACUAUCCAGGUCACUUCCCUGCCAUCCGAGUCUGAGAUCGAGCAGUAUUGGGUAGUACCCUAGAAACUGAGGUACAUCACAAUGAGUCUGCCUUCUGGCUAAGACGUCAAACUGAUGGCAAGAUGCACCCGAGAGAUGAGCAAAAGUGGUUACCUAUCUCACACAAUGAGGUCACAACUGGAAGUCUCCUGGUCCAGAUAAAGUUUAUGGUUUAUGGGUCAAGCGUAUCACGUGUCUUCACACUGAUCUGACUCCAACUACAACCUGCUGGUUCAGAAUCCAGACUCUGCACCUGACUGGUUGUCUCCAAGAACAACCACUUGGAUUCCUAAGAA